CACAACAGGUGAGCGCUAAUUGAUGACACCAGCACGCUAUUUGAGCUGGGGCUCCUCCGUCGCCAGCUACUCUCAACGAUGAGCUUAUUAUUUCUUUGAACCUUUUCCCAAGCAGGUAAAGUGUUCAUAGGAAGCUUUGGUUUACAUGUUAACUACAUUUUUGGUGUUCGAAAAGUGCAAAAAAAAAAAAUGCCGGUGAACAAUAACUACCAGAAAGUAGCACCAAAUGCCGUUGCCAGGCUGGCCAAGCUGCCCGUGGUUCGCUCAGCCUGUGCCACCCUGUCGGUCCUGUACAGAGAUGCUAAAAGCAGCAACCCCAGGCUGAGAUCCCUGUGCGAGGCGCUGGAGGGCGGAGUGACCGCCCUGAGCACCGCGGCCUGUACCAGAGCUUCACCUGUGAUUGUUAAACUGGAGCCACAGAUUUCUAUUGCGAAUGAUUUUGCAUGCAAAGGCCUUGACUGGCUGGAGACUUCAUUCCCUGUUCUUCUGUCUCCCCCAGAUGAGGUUGCUGCUGCUGCCAAGAACAAAGUAAAUGUGAUUUGGGAUGUGGUGUACAUUGCAGCUGGUGGGACAGUUGACAGUGUGCAACACACCGUCACAUGGAUGAUCAGCAGGCUGCAUCAGGCAGACGACGAUGUGGGGAACCAGUCGAUGGUGGAGAGAGCCAUCACCGUGGCCAGUGUGGGACUGGACUCUGCUCUGGCUUUGUCAGAGGCUUUGGUGGAUCAGGUGCUUCCACCACUGGAGGAGGAUAAAGAAGAAGUCCACAUGGUGGAGAGUUUUGAGGCUGCAGUCCGCUCGGGAAGUUACUCUGGGAGAGUUAUGAAACUUACCGCUAAAGUGUGUAGGAGGACCUACCAUACGCUUGGCUCUAGGAUCCACUCUGUUCAGGUGUGCUAUCAUGGGGAGUUUAUCCAGGUCCGCCACUCUGGUUCAGGACCUUCAGACAAGCUGUCGGACUCUGGUGUGGAGCCUCCAAGGACUGCCUCAAUACUUGCAGCAUCAGGCGGUUUCUGUCUUUUUCUUCAUCAGCCAGAUGUACAACUUGAGCUGUCCGUCAUCCCGACAGGAACAGACUUGAAGCAGAAGUCACGUCAGAGCUGCUGAGGCUUCUUCACUCUCCACGGAGCAGGCUCACCCACAGAAUAUGCCAGCUUUCCGAACGAGGCCCACCAGGACGUCUGUGUUUGAUAAUGGCUGUAUUGUUAAGGGAUGCGUACGCUGUUAAUUUUGACAUUUGAUUCUGGAUUUAAACUGAUUUGUUAGUCUGAAAUAUUAAAAAGAAAUAAAGGUUCAUAAAACUUGA